CAGAAGUUAAAAGCAAUGCAGGCCAAUGUGGUGAUCCAUGUAAUUCGCAUUUUACACAGUAAUUUUGCUUGAGCUUAUGAACCGCUGUAAAAUGACAGGCGAAGUGUCGGCACCAAUUCCAAAAAUCCGGUAUCAGUUAGUCGAAGAAAUUGCUAGUAAACCAGCAGGCAAAAUAUACCUGGCCCACCGCACGCAUUACGAGAUUGCGGUUAAGAAAGCCCUUCUGGAUUUUGACAGGGAAAGAGCCCACGCGCAGGCCCAUUCACUGGACGCCAGUUUACAGUAUAUCCUUAGUUUAGACCAUCCGCAUCUGGUGCGUCACCUGGCGCAUUCCAGUUCUCUGGAGGCCAUUCCGAUGCAAUACACAAUCGUUAUGGAGUAUUGUUCCGGCGGCAAUCUGCACGCGGCGGCUCAGUUCCACAUUCCCGCGCCACUCAUCCAAAAAUGGACACGCCAGAUUGUCGACGGCUUAGCUUACCUGCACGCCAAAAAAAUCGUACACCGCGAUUUAAGGGGCAACCACAUUCUGCUAAGCUGUCCGGACUGGAAUACCUGCCUCAUGAAGAUUGGCCAUCUGGGCGCCAGCGAACUUUAUGUGAGCCGGGAGACGGAUGUCGGUAGCUGCGAACGCAUGUUUCCAUUCAUGCCGCCGGAGAGAAUCUUGGGAAACGACGCAAAUUUGGCAGCUGACUGCAAAACGGAUAUCUGGAGUUUGGGCUGCGUGGUGCUGGAGAUGAUCAGCGGAUCUCCGCGCUUUGUCCGAGUGGUGGACGGAAAACAAGAGGACCUGAAGUUCGGUCUGGCUGUCAUGUACUACGUCGCCACUGGUGGGGGGUCGCCGAUCAUACCGCAUGAACUGCCGAAUGAAUUGCAGGCGUUUGUCGCGUAUUGUGUGAAGCGCGAUCCGGUAUUGCGGCCGCUGGCAGCCGAACUCUUUUACACAAACUUUUUGACGCUGGUUAAUGUGCCACAAUGGCCUGACCCGCGACCGCAGCGGAAGUGAUGCAGCGUACACGGUAAACUGAGAAAAAGACUUCGCCAGUUUAUUUUCUCUACUACCAGUGCAUUUAUUUAUUGUAACAAGCAAACUUACAAUGAACAAUAUUGUCAUGUUGUGUAUCGGAUGGCUGUUACGUUAGAAGUCGGGGGGAUGAUGCGUGCACGACGACU